GUUUGCACAGGCUAAUGGCUGAUCGGGUGCUUGUCAUCGGCAGUGGAGGGAGAGAGCAUGCGCUGGCCUGGAAGCUGGCCCAGUCCCCACAUGUAAAGCAAGUGUUUGUUGCUCCAGGAAACGCAGGAACAGCUGACAAUGGAAAAAUUUCCAAUUCAGCUGUAUUAGUGAGCAAUCACACUAUUGUUACCCAGUUCUGCAAAGAUCAUAAUAUUGGACUUGUGUUAGUUGGACAAGAAGCUCUUUUGGCAGCUGGGAUUGUUGAUGACUUGCGAGCAGCUGGAGUUAGGUGUUUUGGACCAUCUGCAAAAGCAGCCCAGCUAGCAUCCAACACCAGUUUUGCCAAAGCCUUUCUGGAUCGACAUGGGAUCCCAACAGCAAGAUGGAAAGCCUUUACCAAUCCCCAGGAAGCUUGUAGGUUUAUUAUUAGCACAGACUUUCCUGCACGAGUUGUACGGGCGAGGGGCCCUGCGGCUAGAAAAGAAGUGACUAUUGCAGCCAGCAAGGAGGAAGCCUGCAGAGCUGUCCAAGAGAUUAUGCAGGACAGGAUGUUUGGAGAGGUGGUUGUCAUUGAAGAACUUCUUCAAGGGGAAGAACUUUCUUGCCUGUGCUUCACGGAUGGUGUCACUGUUGCCUCAAUGCCUCCAGCCCAGGUCCACAAACGAUUAUUGGAUGGCGACCAGGGCCCAAACACCGGAGGGAUGGGAGCCUACUGCCCGGUUCCUCAGGUUCCAGAAGUUCUUCUAGAGAAAAUCAACGAUGCUAUCCUUCAACAUGUUGUUGAUAGUAUGAGGCAAGAAGGAGCAGCAUACGUAGGUGUGCUGCAGACGGGGUUAAUGCUUACCAAAGAUGGUGUGAAAAUUUUAAACUUUAAAUGUCAGUUUGGUGACCCUCAGUGCCAGGUAAUCCUUCCACUGCUUAAAAAUGAUUUGUAUGAAGUGAUUCAAGCAACAAUUGAUGGCAAACUCUGCAGCUUCAUGCCAGCCUGGUCAGAAAACAGUACAGCUGUGUGUGUGGUCAUGGCAAGUCCAGGAUACCCGGGAGACUAUGACAAAGGCAUGGAAGUAACAGGGCUGCUUCAAGCCAAAGAGUUAGGGCUGCAGGUGUUCCACGCUGGCACAACGCUGAAGGAUGGCAGAGUGGUUACAAGUGGCGGCAGAGUCCUCUCCAUUACUGCUGUUAAGGAGGAUCUGAUGAAGGCACUGGGAGAAGCCAACAGGGGAGUAGCAGCCAUUCGUUUCAAGGGUGCCACUUACAGGAAGGACAUUGGCCACCGGGGUAUACGGCUUCUCAAACAGUCUCUGGGUCUGAUAUACAAAGAGAGAUGUGUGGAAGCCAUAACCAAUGAUGUUUUGUUUCAUCAGCCAAAAAGAUCAAUUGUAAGUGGUACCAGAUCAGGCAGUCAUUCAGAAGUAAGAGGCUUUACAGGUUUCUUCGACUUAAAGGCAUCUGGUUAUGAUGAUCCCAUCUUGGUAUCUCAAACUAAAGGCCUUGGAUCUAAACUGCAGGUUGCGCAAGCGUGUAAGAGACAUGACACCAUAGGGCAGGACCUGGUUGCCGUGUGUGUCAAUGACAUCCUGGCUCAAGGAGCAGAGCCCCUCUUCUUCCUCACAUAUUUUGCCUGUGGUAAACUUGAUGUCGAGGUGGCUCAAACAAUCAAAGAAGGAAUAGCUGAAGCAUGCAGAAAUGCAGGGUGUGCUUUCCUAGGCAGGGAGAUGGCUGAGGUGACUGGCAUGUAUUCUUCUGGAGAGUAUGACCUGGCUGGCUUUGUGGUUGGUGCAGUGGAGCGAGGGCAGAUGCUUUUGGGGCUGCAGAGAGCUGAUGAGGAGGAUGUGUUCAUUGGACUGGCCUCUUCUGGGAUCCACGGCCGUGGCUUUAGCAUCAUAAGGAAGAUACUCUUAAUGUCCUCUUUAUACUACUCCUCCCCAGCGCCUGGCAGCUGUGGUGACAAGACUCUAGGAGAUGUAUUGUUGACCCCAGCAAAACUGUACAGUCCGUCUUUGCUGCCUGUUCUUCGCUCGGGGCACGUGAAGGCUUUUGCCUUUAUUGCUGAGGAAGGGUUGCUGGAAGGCAUCUCCAGAGUCCUGCCAGAACAUGUCAGUGCUGUCCUGGAUGCACUUAGUUGGAAGAUUCCUGAAAUCUUCUGCUGGCUUUACAAAGAGGGAAACCUGUCUGAGGAGGAGAUGGCUUGGACAUUUAAUUGUGGGAUCGGGGCGGUCUUGGUUGUGCAGAAGGAGCUGGCCCAGCAUGUUCUCAAGGAUGUACAGAGACAUGAGGAAGCUUGGCUGAUCGGGGAAGUUGUUGCCCCUUGUCACACAGGAGGUUCUCACAUCAAAGUCAAGAAUCUUCUUGAAGCUCUGCAGCUCAGCAGCCCCCAGCACCUGCUGAAUAAUGCUUGUUGUAGAGAGUCAACACCAGCCCAGAAGGAAAAAGUUAAAGUAGCUGUUCUCGUCUCUGGGACAGGCACAAAUCUUGCUGCGCUCAUCAAUUAUGCAAAAGAACCAGGCAGUUGUGCUCAAGUUGUGCUCGUCAUCUCCAACAAGUCCGGUGUGGAGGAACUACGAAAUGCAGCCCGUGCUGGGAUUCCCACCAGGGUGAUUGAUCAUAAGUUAUACGGGAGUCGCUCUGAAUUUGACAGCACAAUUGACCAAGUUCUUGAAGAAUUUGCUGUCGAACUGAUAUGUCUCUCAGGAUUUAUGAGAAUUCUGUCCAGUCCUUUCCUCAGGAAAUGGAAAGGGAAAAUUCUGAAUGCUUCCCCAUCGCUUUUCCCAGCAAUCAAGGGUGGAAAUGUCCAUCAGCAAUCCCUGCAAACUGGGUUCAAAGUCACGGGCUGCACGGUGCAUUUUGUCCUGGAGGAGUCUUGCCCCAAAGCAGUGAUCCACCAGGAGCCGGUAUCCGUGAGGGCAGAUGACACCGAGGAGACGCUGUCGGCAAGGGUUCAGGAAGCCGAGUGCCGGGCUUUCCCCAUCGCCCUGCAGCUGGUGGCCAGCGGAGCGGUGCAGCUGGGAGCUGACGGUAAAACCUGCUGGAAACAAGAGGGACAAAGUCUGGGCCUUCAAGGGGAGAAGAGUGACUGCGCCUCCUCUCCUGUGGUGCUGGAGCCAGAGGAAAAUGAGGUGGUGUAGGCAGGCUGAUAGGCGGCUUGCUCUCGGCUCACCUGUCCUUCCUCCUUCCUUCCCUGGACGUGCUUGGCCUGGCCUGCAGGCGUAGCGCUGCUGUGAGUUUCCAUUCUGAGCCCCGAUCUCUUUCCCCUUAGCUUGCAGCUUUAGUUAUGCCCUUUGUAAAACUGGCGGUGGGAGCCAAACUCAUUUCAGAUCUCAAAUUUCUUUGCUGGUUUUCAUCUGCUGUGCAAAGAGAGGGCUUAAGCUGUGGAAGUGGGCUAGUGCUUCAGAGGGGAAGGAAUUCUUCUGAGGGCUUAAUUUUUGUUGGCUGCAUCGCGUUGAGGAGCAUGAAGAGCUUCACAAGGGAACCACAGCAUGGUGACCAGCUCCUCGGAUGGAGGAGGCUGGAUGUGUUGGGGCUGAGCAUGUGAUCCUCAGUAAUCCAGCCCUCAUUUAUUUUUUUUUUAACUCCUGGGGAUGGACAAAUUUCAAAACUGCUGCUACCGGCUCUUUGAGCUGGUGUUGUGCCUUUAAGCAGGCCAAAGUGGGCAGGGAAAUGAGUGUCGAAGGAAAACCCCUUUGUGGGCCCUCUUAACAAAUAGAGAUGUCCAGUGAGCUGCCAGCAGAAGAGCCGACCGCCAGCAAGGCAGGGGACUUUUCUGAAGGCAAAACAAAAUGAAAGAAGCUGCCCUUCAUGGAUUAUUUGUCACCACAAAAUAACAGUGCACACCGAACGUAACUCUAGGCACUUUGCCCUGUUCCUCGAAAGGGGGAGCAGACACACAUUCCCAGAAUUUCAUAUUAAAACUUUUGGAUCUUGAGGGGCAGAAAAUUGGUCAGAGGGACUAGAAAUAGUUACCAGCUUUCAGACAUUUUUCUUCCUCCAUCUGUGAAACCCGCAGGAUACCCUCAGCUUGACUUGCCAUGGCAGGAAAAUCUUGAGUGUUUCUUUCUGCUGACUUCAUGAUCGGCUUGGCCCAAAGAGUCACUGCUGUUAAAUAAAACCUUUUUCUGUGGGAAGCUUUAUAGCUCUCUGCCAGGAUAAUGACUUGCAUGCAAAGUAACAUAAAUGAGAGGAAGAAAUCUAGCUAAGAAAUUACAUGAAAAAAAAACUAGAAAAGAAGUAGCCAGAGCUGAACUUCCAGGGAAAGGAUCGCUAACAGCCAUCAGAUGCAGUGAAAAACAAAUAAAAAACUGUUCUUUUGGAAUUGUUUGUACUGUACGAGUAAGGGACAUACUGCACAACUGGCUCUCGGCCAUGUCAGGCUGUUUGAGAGCAUGAGUCAGCUCCAUUUAAAACAUCCAAAGUAUUUACUUAUUUAAUGUGUAGCUAGCGCUGUUUCAGUGCAGGAGGGAAGGGGGAGGAAGGAGAAUUCAGCUUCUUGCCUGUAAGCUCUGCAGUUUCUGCACAGAAAUCUGUACUUGGCUUUUGCACUCCCAACAGCGGGAGCAAGGAACGUGUAUUUUCAUGAUCUAGGAGGAAUAGGAAGAACAAGGAGAAAUUAAAAAAUGUUUGGUAUUUAUAGUUAAUAUUUAUGAUAAACACGCUGCUUAUUUUGCUCCUGACCUGUUACAACCGUGUUGUAACUCGAUGUUGUAUAUUCACUUAAUGUUGUAUACUAUUUGGCUUGCAUACCAAGCAUGACUGAUGUUUCAAACCUAACUAAUAAACUGUUAAAAGAGAAUAGGACGCCUGCUAUUGUGCCCUCACAGUUCUCCAGGCUAUCACUGCAGUAUCGAACAACUUCCUCUGUGUUCGAGGCAUCCCUUGGGGACUGGGUGUGGUCAUUAAUCUAUUCUUUUUACAGACUUUUCUUUUUUAGCAGUCUAAGGGCCAGUUCACAACAAAAUUUCCUUUUAUGGAUUUGCAGAACUGCGGAUAGAUACUUAAAUCCCAUUUGUCAGCAUUCUUAGACAGCAAAAGACCUGAGUCUUGCUCCAGAUGUCUGUGAUGGAUUGGGGUAUUGGAUUUGAGGUUGCCUUGUCCUCUGCUUUUGGCCCUCCUGUCAGGGAUCAAGCAGUUUUUAUCAAUGCUGCACGGGUUGUGAUUUCACCACUGGUGGAACAAGUAACAUCAAUGUGUGAAUUCAUUUGGGAACGAUUUCUUUUUGACUUCUAAGAGACGUGCUGUGUCAUGGCUAGUACUGAACUUGUGCAGACUGCACCCCAGGCAGAGCUGGACACUCCCUGCCUCUUUUACAACCUCCUCGAGUCAGAGCGGACAGCAAGCCUGGGCAGGCAGUUGGCCUGUGGGGACGGCUUUCUUCUGCGAAGGUAGGUUUGUACGGAAAAAUAUGCUGUGAUGAAGAUUUAGCUUUUAUUCUUUGCCUUUUACAAGUACGUUAAAAUGUGACCAUGUAAUUUUCCACUGUAUUCGCUUGAGCUUUAUCCUCAGUGACAGAAGAUGACAGGAAUAUUUUGUCAGCACGCUUCUUCAUCGCAGACCAUCUGGCCACAGAAACAGUAAGGUCACCACGCUCCGGAAUUAUAACUCACUUUUGCAGGAUUGCACGUCUGUUACCUCAGAAACUGAUCUGCAGCCGUUGCACUGCAGAGGUAGGUAGAUUCUCUUUCACAAACUCCUUCAGCUUAUACCCUUGGAAAAGGAAAUCCAAGGAAAGAUUUUGAUACACUUAAGUCUUUAAUUUUAUUAGACUUUAUUUCAAAUCCAAAUUGAGAUUACCAUAAGGACAUCAGUGCACAGAACAGAAACCAUUUUUUUCUAUAGUAAAGGGUAGUUCUAAAAUACACAUAAUUGGCUGCAGAUACUUGACUUGGUUUGUAUGGGACAAAAAUGAUUAUUUUUGUAAAUACACUGACAUGUUUUCACAGCUAUAACAACACGUUAAAAGAAAACCAGGUGUUUUCAGAGUUGUAACAUUUCCUGGGUUUGUAUCAGUAUUAUUCUAGGUGAAAAUACUGUUCCCAGAAUACAGGCACUUAACUUCAGCAGAAUUGAAGAAUGUCUCACAAGCCAAGAAAACAUUUUCAUCUGGUACCUAAUUCCCUUUCUGCUCGUUCAGAAAAAAAAAAA